GCUGUUCUCUAUACAUUUCCUAAGGUGCUGAUAAGGAGAAUUUGUUUACCAAUCAAGAGUUUCAUUAGUCAGUGAUCAUUUUUGUCAUUCUCACAACCUCAUUGUGUGAUUCAGGGGUGAUAUUGUAAGGAGAAAUUAGCUAUUAGUCACUCUUAGGGGUUUAAGGAUUACAGUAACCCCUAAGAAUGAUAUAAUCUUAUUUCUCCCGGAAAAAUCACGAAUCUUGAUUGUUAGGCAAAUUCUCUUUUCAUUUACUGUGGGAAAUGAAUACAGAAUUGAAUGGAGAACUUGCAUACUGAUGUUAGGUUGUAAAGGGUUAAUUUAGAAGAUUUUUAAGACAGGUAGGAAUGUGUAAAAGUAUAUUUUCAAAGUAUGCGUAAACACUUGGAAGAAGCCAAACUUUAAAAUCAUCUGCUAUCCACAAUGUACAUUUUUAUUCUUGAAAGUUAGAAAUAUAUAUAGUUAUAUAACAUUCUUAAUCUUCCUGGAGGUCUCUGAACUUCUGUAAAUUUGUGUUUGUAGAAGACCUCCACACAAGACAACCACACUUCAAUCUGGGAUCUCUUUUAGAUUAGAUUUGACCGGUGGACCGUUUUAUUUUCUCAGUGGGAAAACUAUUGUCCUUAAAGGGAAUAACUGCAGGCAAUCAAUAUCGAUAAACCAAAUCCGGAAUUUCUUGCAAUUCUGUCAGUGGGGUACCGGAAGCAGCCUCUGGUAGGCGGCGAUCAAACUGUGUUAGCAUAUCGAGUUGUUUCUUUUUCAUGGCGAAACCGGCAGACAAAAGUUUGGAAAACUGUCUGAAUAUGCGAUUUAAACGUAGCUGGAAAAUUAUUCUAGCAGUUUUCUUGUCAUCGUCUUUAGCUUUGUUUAUCAUCGUCGCAAUUGUAGUGACGAGAAAUCAAGACCGUGAAGACACCAGAGGACCAGAAUCUCUCAAGAAGCCGUUCAGAUUUGACGACAUUUUCAACGGCUAUUACUCCUACUCCACAUUUCCUGUCCGAUGGAAGACAGACGACACGUAUAUCCGAUAUUCUAAAGGCAAUUUGACGGUGACUAAUGUUUCAAAGACCGAAACUGUACUUUUUUCUGAUUUUAAUAAAGUAAUGGUUGAUUUCAACGUUUCUAAUUAUUGGAUUUCGUCGAAUGGAAAAUGGGUUCUUUUGGCUUCCAAUAGGAGAAAGUUGUAUCGCAGGUCUUUUUUCGCUGAUUAUUACGUGCACAACUUUGAAAAGGGAUCAACUUCUCAAGUCAUACCACCUGAUCCAAAUAAACAGAUUCAGUUGGCAAUAUGGGGAAAUAAUGACACCUCUAUAGGCUUUGUACAAGAUAAUAACAUUUACUGGUUGGACAAAAUUGGAGGCACCGUUCAUACCAUAACGGAAAACGGAAAAGAGAAUGAGCUUUUUAAUGGCGUUCCUGACUGGGUCUACGAAGAGGACGUUACGUCCACAAAUGUAGCCAUGUGGUUCUCCCCAGACGGCCGAUAUCUGGUUUAUGCACAGUCCAAUGAUACUCAAGUAAAGUGGUUUCCUUACAUGUGGUACGGUAAAUAUUCUGAUAUGUACACCACAGUGAAGAAGAUAGCUUACCCCAAACCUGGCUCACCAAAUCCCGUUGUAAAAAUCAAAAUGGUAGACUUGAACAAGCUACCAACCAAUGAAAGCCAAGUGCCUAAUACCAUGGACUUAAAUCCACCAGCUGAGUUUACAAACAUAGAACAUUACUACACCAAUGUAGGAUGGGCGUCAAGCACUAAGGUGUUGAUUUGGUGGCUGAACCGAGUUCAGGACACUUUUAUAUCAUCCAUCUGUGACGCUCCAUCCGGAAGGUGUGCUGAGAAUCAAAAAACUCAGGUGACAAACGGCUGGGUGGAUACCAAAACAUACCUGCUUGAUAUAUCUCUCGUUUUGAUUCAUAGGUAUUUUCAGAGUGCAGAAACAUCGCCCAGAGACAGACACAUUUACAGCGUGAAUGUAAAAACUAAAGAGAAGAAAUGUCUGUCAUGCUCUUUACCUUGGGCUAAAAAUGGGGACUGCAAAUACUUUUCAGCAAGCUUUAGUCUCGAAGCCAGCUGGUACAUUCUAACUUGCUACGGACCGAAUCUCCCAAGGGUUACUUUACACAAAACCAAAUCUUCUGCUUGGUACAAAGAGCUUGAAAUGAACAGGGCGUUAGAAAAGAAGAUGUCAGAACUUGCCAUACCAAAAAGACGGAACUUUAAGAUUCCCGCUGGAAAAUACGAUUUAUUAGCCACUGAAUUUCUCCCUCCAAAUUUUGACGAAAACAAGAAAUAUGCCGUUCAUUUUGAGGUGUACGGCGGUCCUGGAUCACAAAGAGUUACCGAACUGUUCUUAAGACAACUUGGCUGGGUUGCCUAUUUGGUCAGUAACUUUGAUAUUAUUGUGGUAAUGGUGGACGGGCGAGGGACUGGGAAUAGAGGAGAAAGUUUCAAACAAGCUGUGUACAAGUUACUGGGAGAAUAUGAAGCUCAAGAUGUCAUCACGGCUGGACGGUACAUGCAAGAGAAGAAGUACGUCGAUCCAAAGAAAUUGUCAGUCUGGGGUUGGUCCUUUGGCGGCUUUUUGACAAGUUACGUUCUCAGCAAGAAUUCCAGUGUAUUUAAGUGUGGAAUUGCUGUGGCACCUGUCACGGAUUGGAGAUACUAUGAUUCAGCUUACACAGAGCGCUACAUGGGUGUUCCAAAGGAGAACGAAGAAGGCUACAGAUACACAUCGCUACUCUCCAGGGCUGCCAAAUUUUCCAACGUGGACUACCUCAUAAUCCACGGCGCUGCAGAUGACAACGUUCAUUACCAGCACACAGCACAGAUGGUCAGAGCACUAACUGAAGCAGAGGUCAAGUUCAGAGUUCAGUACUACACCGAUAAGGAUCACGGGAUAGUUGGAUUUCAUACGCGGCGCCAUCUUUACCGCCUCAUGACAAAUUUCCUAACUAGGAGCUUGGGUCUAACUUACUCUAAGCAGUAACUAUGCAAUCAGGUCUUCCCUUAUAAUCCUUUUUUAAGUCAUUCCGUCUGAUCACGUUAUCACCUUGACAUGUUUAAGAUUGUAUGUUGGAAACAAAUUAAUUAUGAUUGUAGUCAAAGUAUAGGAGUCUCUUUGUCACUCAUUGCUGGAGAUGAUUUGGACAAGUUGGACAC